CCGGCUUCAAUGAAUACAAGAUGAGCCUGAAUAAUUAUUGAUUUUCCAAAGCUUUUUAUCAAUGUAUUUCCUUAAAUUCAACACUUAAAAUGAACCCUCCUAGGAAAUUAUCUAAGUCUGGAGAAUCCUUGUAUCAGUUACUUGGACUUCAAAAGGGCGCGGACCAUGGUGAGAUUAAAAAGGCUUAUAGAAAGCUUGCUUUGAAGUACCAUCCGGACAAAACACAGGGAGAUGAUGAAUCAACAGAAAAAUUUAAGGAGAUCAACCAUGCUCAUCGUGUGUUGACAGACAACACGAGACGAGGCAUCUAUGACCGUUAUGGCUCACUGGGCCUGUACGCAGCAGAAAUGGUCGGGGAGGAGAAUGUCAAUACUUACUUUGUUCUCACCAGUGGCUGGUGCAAGGGCUUGUUUAUAUGCUGCGGGGUUAUCACCGGUUGCUACUGCUGCUGCUGUUGUUUCUGCUGCUGUUUCAACUUCUGUUGUGGAAAGUACAAGCCCAAGAUGCCGGAUGAGGAUGGGGAUGGGGAUUAUGCCAACCUCCAUGUAAGGACUGCUGAGGAGGAUAGCAGCACACCAGAAGACGAGGACAACCCUGUGACGUCUCAGCCCACAGGGGAAGGAGCGGCAUCAGGGGCAGCUAUUCCCAUGCCUCCACCCUCCGGAGCAGACGAGAACACCACCCUCACCACAGAAUCCAAACCCUUGUACGGCACCGACCCCGAACCCACUCAAGAUAGGAAAACAGAAAGCUACGCAGAUAGUUAAUGACAGAUUAGCCACCUAGUUUAUGAUUUCUUUAUGCUAAAAUGUGGUUUGGAAUAACGCAGGAAAACAAAGAACUACACAGACCGUGUUGUCGGCAACCUCACUACUUUCUCCAUAACACUUUAUUAACACCGUGGGAAAAUUGACUGACAAAAUCUCCUUUUAAUGAAUAUGCAUGAGGCAGGGGAGACAGCUUUUCUUCCAAUGAAAUUGCAUGUAACAAUUCGAUAUUCUUCAAUAACCCUUUAUUGUCAGUUGUCUUCAUAACUGAGUGGUCUACAAAGCUUUUAUAAAUUUGUAAUGAUAUGAUGGACCAGGUUCAAUUCAAGCUAGAAUAUUUCUUUAGUGUCUGUGCAUUUAUACACAUGGGUUCAUUGCAUAAAAAAAAAUGCCUCAUUAAUUAUUCAUGAUUACGAGAUUUUCGUAGCCAAAUUGCCCACGGUAUACACGAAAGCAUAACGCAGUAGUAUAUCGGUGGUUUCCGAAGAUGCACAGAUAGUGAAUGACAGAUUAGCCACCUAGUUUAUGAUUUCUAAUGCCAUAUUGUGGUUUGGAAUAAUACCAAAGUCGUCACCUUGGGGUCGGUAUUCAUAAAAUAUCUACAGUCAUUUUCUAACUUACUUCACUUUUUAAGCUACUUCACUUUCCAAAUUAGGUAUGUCACUGGUCAUAUGGUAUAAUAACUCCAUCAUUUCUGAAGUACUGUAUUUUCAUUUAUUUUAUGGAAAAUCCAUACAUUUAUGUAAAAAACACUUAAACUAACUUUACUUUCAAUUUGAAUAUGAACAUUCUAGAAAAUUGACGUACUGGAAACAAAGAAGGGACAAAGGAUGUUUCUAAUUGAACCUGGUUACCUGUUUAGCAGCCAUAGGGCUGUAUACAAUAGCCAACUCAUAUCUAACUUAAUUUUAAGAUCUGAGCAUUUUAUAAGGAUAAGAAUAAGAUUGUAUUCUACCCAUGUUAUUUUAUUUUAAGGAUUAUUUAUAUUUGCAUGAAUAAAUUGGGACAUUAUUUCAAACCAGGCUGCGUGCAGUAUCGUGUCUCUGUAGUGUUUAGUUGUGGCGGACCAAUUUUAUCCCUAAAGCUCACAACCAUUGUAACAUUGCUUUAAUGUGAACGGGUUAUAUAUAUAUAACAUAUAUUAAUGUACUGCUUAUUAGCCUUUUGCAAGUGUGUAUAAACCUGCAGUUUUGUUAUGUCCAUUUUUGUAGCAAUAUAAUCUGACUUUUUCUACAUAAGCUGACUUUUUCUUCAUAACAUAACCUGAGUUUUUCUACAUUACCUGACUAUUUCUUAAAUUUGAUAGGAGAUUUUUAUGUUGAUCAAAUUUAUUCAUAUGUGUUUUAUCACUCAAAUUUAUAUAUUGUGUAAUUAGAUUACCUUUACUAUAUCUCCAUGUAUUGUACCUGUGUAGCACAUGAAACUUUAAUCAUUUUAUUUUACAUCCAAUGGGCUGUGAUGGAUGUUUAUACCAAUUGUCAUACAGCAAAUUGUAAAGCUGCACUCCCACAGAUUUACCAUUUUGUUAGCUUUUUAUUUUUUUGUCUUGGAAUGAGCAAAUUUUUGCGUAAAUAACUGCAAACCAGUGAUAUAAGACAGCUGACAAAAGAUCAGAUCGCAGAUUUUCAUAUUUCCGUUUGAAAAUGAAUGUUUUAUGGCUAAAAGCUUACUAACAGUUUAAGAAAAAUGCACAAAACAUCAAUUUUUUAACUUAAAUAUGAAAAUCUGUGAUCUGAUUUUUUGUCAGCAUUCUUAUAUAACUGGUUUCCAUGCAUAUUCGCAUUAAUUUGCGUGUUCCAUGACAAAUAAUAAAAAAAGUUGUCCAAAACUUUCAAUCUAUGAGAGUGCAGCUUUAAGGUUGUUAUUUUGAUUAUGCACAUUCACAUGGGGUGCACUUUUGUUCAAUGUGUAACCAACAUUUAUUUAUAAGUGACUAUUCACUGUCAUUUUUUGUUAACCUGUGUUUGUUGAUAAAGUUGCAGAAUGUCAUUCACGUACUUUAAAACAGUUCAAUCCUUUGUGCUUGCAUAUACAGUCAAACCCCAUUGGCUAGAACUCCCAGGGACAAGCCUCAAGCCUCAGAAAAUUUGAGCCAAGUGGGAAUGCUUACAUUAGUAUAAAGAGUUCAGUCCUUUACAUUCAUUUCAAGCCAACAAGAAAGCUGUGCCAAGUGAGUUCUAGCCAAUCAGGUUUGACUGUUAAUUCUUAAAUUGAACUCAAGCUCAUUUUAUAUCCAAAUUCUAAGAAUAUAAAGGGGAUCUGUAUUCUUACACAAUUCAUAAGGAUUAUAGCAAGUCAAUUCCUUAGUGCUACAUGUAUAUCCACCCAUUUCAUAACAAAGGAUAAACCCAUGCUAAAAAGGGAGUACCCUACCUCAGAGUUUAUGAAUAUUUAUGUUUAUAACUAUUCAAAGGAAUUUGACUCCUUGUUUGACAAUUUUAUGACAAAAACAAUGAUUUCUGACAAAACAGGGUCACUUGUACUAUCUUUAAAGAUUUAUUUUAUGGAAAGCAAUGGCUACCAGUUGUUUUUUCCGAAAUCAUUGAUUUUUCUGCAAUCGUUUUUUUUGUUAUCAAACAAAAAGUCAAAUUUCUGUGGAAUAAAUAACAGUGAAUCAAGAGGUUUUCAUGAAAUUUCAUAUACAGCUUCGUGGUAGUCUUAUUCUCCAGAAAUUACAUAUACAGCCUCGUGGUAGUUUUAUUCUCAUGAAAUCACAUAUACAGCUUCAUGAUUUUCUGUUAACCAAUGUGUAUGGCGAAAUGUGCUCUCCGCUCUUAACUCUGUAUUUUAGUGAUAAAGUGAUUGGCAGACUUACAUUUUCUGUCUUUAUUUUCAUUUAUAAUGUCACCUGUGUAUUUUUGUGAUUAAGUGAUUAGCAGACUUGAAUUAUCUGUCUUUAUUCUCGUUGUUGAUGUGUCUGUGUGAUGUGCAAUACCGGGUUGUGGUGUAUUGUAGGAUAAUAAAAAUGAAUUGCUUUACAUGUUUUACUCUGGGAUGAAUUUCAUAAAAGGUUCUUAAUCUGAUUCGGAACUUCAAUUAUUCUGCAAUCUGUUAAAGUGACACUCUUAAUAAAAAUCAAUACAUACACAUGUAUAACCAACAUAAAUUUUGAGUGAUAAACCUUUAACUUCUUACUAAAUAAUGCAUUUAUUGAAAAUAUUAAUCACUAACUGUUUAAGAAAAAUGUAUAAAACAUCAUUUUUUUAACUUAAAUAUGAAAAUCAGCUAUCUGAUUUUUUGUCAGUAGUCUUUUAGCAAUGGCUGUCAUGCAUUUUCACAUAAAUUGGCUAAUUCCAAACAAAGAAUAAAAAAGUUGUCAAAACGUACAAUCUGUGAGAGUGCAGCUUUAAGCCAGUAUUGUAAUCGAUAAUGCACUUGAGCAAACAUUACCAAACAUAUUCAUCCUAAUGUGGAAUUAUCUUAGUAAGUUGCUAAGAAUUUGUAAGAAUUGAAUUUAAAGCAGUAUUUUUAUUGAUAACACACUAGAGAAAACACUUAAAUAUUUUCAUCAUGAAGUGAAAUUUUCUAAUUUUUAUAUUUUUGUUACUUGCUAUAUAUUUACAACAACUGAAUUUAUGCCAGUAUACAUAUUUGUGGCGUAAAAAUUAAGAUCCUUUUAUGAAAUGCCUCCCUUGUAUUUUUAGCUAAAUGAACAAAAUUAUUUGAAAUACUUUUUUUUCUUUUUUUUAUGUAUAUUUUUGAGCAUUUAAGUUGUUGUUUAACACAUACAUCUGCAUGAAGUUCUCAUGUGUUUGUUUUGAGAACAGUGCUUACAAUUAUUCACGUUUUCAUCGUCUUUAUGAUUUGUUUCAUACUGUUAAAAUUAUAUGUAAAAUAAAACAAAGAAAAUA